AUGACUAUCCACUUGGAUCCCCGUGGCGACAUCGCUGUAGCAGAGAUUGUCAUGUACCUACCCGUGCUCUUCGUCUCGGGCUCUCUCGUAGCCAAGCACGGUAUUACCAGGAGGGCAGGAUGGAUCUUCCUACUUAUCCUGUCAAUUGUCCGUAUCGUCGGCGGUGCCACGCAAGUCGCCGCGGAGCAGAAUCCGUCGAACAUAACAUUGGACAUCGUGUCCUACACGCUGACGUCUGCCGGCGUGUCACCUCUCUUACUCGCAACGAUCGGGUUCCUCGCAACAGUGUGUCAGCGCACCCUCAGCGAUGACCCGCUCAUCUCACGGGGCCUCAGGAUCAUGUCGCUCAUCUGCACGAUUGCCUUGAUUCUUGCCAUCGUUGGCGGCGUCGACAUAGGCAACGCGAAGACGGCAGCUGACUUGAACAAGGGGGCAGACCUCCGGCACGCCGGCGCCAUCCUCUUCGCGGUGCUCUUCGGGUCGAUCUUCCUAUUGCACAUGCGCUGCUGGAGCGAGAUGAGUAAUAUCAUGAAAGCUAGGAGGACGUUGCUCAAGAGCAUCAGCCUUGCUCUCCCCUUCCUUCUUGUCCGCGUGGUCUACACCGUACUCUCCGCGUUCGCCCCCUCCACACAAUCCAUUUCUGCCUCUGGCGUGGUCAGCAGCACAACGUCUGACUCAACUCUGGCCAAGUUCAGCGCGACCACCGGCAGCUGGGUCAUCUACUUGGUCAUGAGCGUCCUCAUGGAGUAUGCGGCGGUCAUGGUGUACUUGGUUGCGGGGACGCGGAUUCGGUUGCAGGACGAUACGGACUAUGUUAAGAGCGCGACGGUUGACUACGACGAGGAGCGGUACAGAAUGACGGCGGAGCGGAGACCUGUGGCGGGCUGGCCGCGUUGA